AUGUUCUUCCCCAAGGCGUCAGUGCUAUUGACAGUGGUCCCGUUGGCCAUUGCGUCGGAAUGCACGCAAUCGAGCGCGAUAGAUUGGCCUUUCGCUCCUGCGGGCAGUGAUGCCUGUGCCAAUUACUGCGGUAAUGACAGCGCGUGUCUUCAAGCUUGCUACGAGACAGCUCAGCAAGGACAAUGCAAUGCUGUGGGAUGCGAGGAUAAGAGAGCGACAUUUGAGUGUGCCAGCGACGAGGUGUGCUUCCGAUACACGGAUGGCUCGUUACUAUGUCUAAACGGGGAUACUGGCGAAUACGUCGACGACGUGGGCGGCCACGGCAAUGCGAACAGCGGCGUUUACACGGCGCCCAACGGAUCGGUGACCACGAACUUAGGUGACGGUGCCGCUGCAGCAACUCCAACAUCUAAAGCUGCGGCUGCUACGGGCGAUACUCAAGCCACUGGAUUUAACACGCCUGCGGGGCUCCCUACCGCAACGCCAACAGGGGAUGCUUCGCCCUCGCCCAACGAGACGAAUGGUGUUGAGAGGCGUCAGAUCGAUAUAUGGACAAUUGGAGCCUCAGGUCUUUUUGCGACGUUUGUUUGGAACAUGUUGAAUUAG